UUUGUCCUCUCCAGGCCUCCGUCCGGCCGUAAUGUUUUCAUCAGCUGAUGCUCUCCCCGUUACUUCGCCUCUUCCUCGUCAUAUGAAGCUAGCAGGCUAACAGGCUAGCAGGCUAACAGUUACUAUGGCUGUGAGCCGGUUAACAGCGGGACGGCGCCGCGGUGUCACCGGACGAUAACACCGUCCACGGGGCUGCCCCUCCCUCCCUCCCUCCCUCCUCCCGUCACUGGCUCUCCAUUGUUCAGUGCCGUCGGUCGGUCAUCUCCACUCUCUCCCUCUUUAUCCCCGAGCUGCGACCCAUGCUAGCUGUUAGCAUGUUAGCUAAGCGCUAGAGGCUAACCUGCUAACUAACCAACUGGACUGGACGCACAUGCGCAAUGGCUUCGGUUCGGGUGGCUGUGCGGGUCCGGCCCAUGAACAGAAGGGAGAAAGACUUGACCGCAAAAUGCAUCAUCAAGAUGGAGGGGACCAAAACCUCCAUCACCAACCUGAAGAUCCCUGAUGGCAUCGCAGCUGACUCGACGAGGGAUCGAACCAAAACGUUCACCUACGACUUCUCCUACGACUCCUCGGACUGUAAGAGCUCCACAUUCGUCUCCCAGGAAAAGGUUUUCAAAGAUCUGGGCUCUGACGUGCUGAGGGCGGCGUUCGAGGGCUACAACGCCUGCGUCUUCGCCUACGGUCAGACCGGCUCGGGGAAGUCCUACACCAUGAUGGGAAAUCCAGGGGACGCAGGUCUGAUCCCGAGGUUCUGUGAAGGUUUGUUCAGUCGUAUCGCCGCGGCAACUCGGUGGGAUGAAGCUUCGUUUCGUACGGAAGUCAGCUACCUGGAGAUCUACAACGAGAGGGUGAGAGACCUGCUGAGGAGGAAAUCCACUCAGACCUACAACCUCAGAGUCAGGGAGCACCCGAAGGACGGACCGUAUGUAGAAGAUCUGUCCAAACACCUGGUGCAGAACUACAGCGACGUGGAGGAGCUGAUGGAGGCCGGAAACAUCAACCGCACCACCGCCAGCACCAGCAUGAACGACGUCAGCAGCCGCUCGCACGCCAUCUUCACCAUCAACUUCACACAGGCUAAGUUCGAUGCGGAGAUGCCCAGUGAGACGGUCAGUAAGAUCCACCUGGUCGAUCUGGCCGGCAGCGAGCGAGCCGACGCCACCGGAGCGACAGGCGUCCGACUGAAAGAAGGAGGAAACAUCAACAAGUCGCUGGUCACCCUCGGCAACGUCAUCUCUGCUCUCGCUGACAUGACGCAGGACGGCGUGAACACCAACCUGAAGAAGAGGGCGGUGUUCGUUCCCUACAGAGACUCGGUGCUCACAUGGCUGCUGAAAGACAGUCUGGGCGGCAACUCCAAGACCAUCAUGAUCGCCACCGUUUCCCCCGCCGACGUGAACUACGGCGAGACGCUCAGCACGCUGCGGUACGCUAACCGGGCCAAGAACAUCAUCAACAAACCCACCAUCAACGAGGACUGCAACGUCAGGCUGAUCAGAGAACUGCGGGCCGAGAUCGCCCGACUGAAAGCUCUGCUGAUUCAGGGCAACCAGAUUGCUCUCCUGGAUUCUCCCACUGCUCUGAGUAUGGAGGAGAAACUGCACCAGAACGAAGCCAGAGUCCUGGAGCUGACCAAAGAGUGGACCAACAAGUGGAACGAGACGCAGAACAUUCUCAAGGAGGAGACUCUCGCUCUGAGGAAAGAGGGGAUCGGUGUUGUGUUGGACUCCGAUCUGCCUCACCUCAUCGGCAUCGACGACGACCUCCUCAGUACCGGCAUCAUCCUGUACCAUCUAAAGGAGGGACGGACGUACGUGGGCCGAGAGGACGCGUCCACAGAGCAGGACAUCAUCCUGCACGGUCUGGACCUGGAGAGUGAACACUGUAUGUUUCAGAACCAGAACGGUAAAGUGACUCUGGUGCCGCUCGGCGGAGCUCAGUGUUCAGUGAACGGAGUUCAGGUGACGGAGUCGUCGCAGCUCAACCAAGGUGCUGUUAUUCUGCUCGGCAGGACAAACAUGUUUCGGUUCAACCAUCCGAAGGAGGCGGCCAAGCUGAGGGAGAAACGAAAGAGUGGCCUGCUCUCUACAUUGAGCCUCUCUAUGACGGAUCUGUCUAAGUCCUGUGAGAGCCUCUCCACUGUGAUGCUCUACAACCCCGGGCUGGAGUUUGAGAGACAGCAGCGAGAAGAGCUGGAAAAACUGGAGCUGAAAAGGAGGCUGAUCACAGAGAUGGAGGCAAAGCACCAGAGUGAGAAGGUCGAGCUGGAGCGCCUCCAGCAGGAGGUGGAGAGUCAGCGUAAGGAGUCGCAGGAGGUGCAGCAGCGGAUCCUCCAUCAGGAGGAGAGCCUCCGCCGCCGCAGCCAGGACAUCGAGAGCCGCCUGCGAGACUUCCUGGCCGAGAAGGAGCGCUUUGAGGAGGAGAGACGCUCAGAGGUCCACGGGGAGGAGCCCCAUCAGGAGAAACAGCAGCAGGAGGGUGAAGCAGAAGAGCAGCUGGACGAGGAGCAGCUGGACGAGGAGCAGAGGCUGCAGCAGGAGGCCGCCGAGCAGACGGAGAUCUACCGCGAGCUGGAGAGACUAAAGAGGGAGCGCGAGGAGCAGAAGGUGCGUCUGGAGACGGAGCGGCGGCGGCUGGAGGAGGAGGAGCGGGAGCAGCUGAGCCUGGUGGGGCGGCUGGAGGAGCAGCUGAGAGAGAAACACGAGGCAGCCACCACCCUGCUGACCCGGGAGGAUGCCCGCCGCCUGGAGGAGGAACGCCGAGCCCUGGCUGAGAUCAGAGAAGCCCUCCUCCGCGCCAAAGAGACUGCUGAGCGGCCAGAUGUGGAGGGCGCCGGCGAGGAGGCGAGAUCCGCCCAGGCGCGAUACACAGACUUCAAGGAGGCGCAAGUGAAGGAGCUGGGCCAGCUGGAGGAGGGGCUCUGUCAGCAGAGGGAGCGCCUGGAGAAGGAGGUGGCCGCUGAGCGUAGUACACUGCUGCACCUCUCCCAUGGACUCAAAGAGCGACAUCAGCACCUGAAGGAGACGAAGGAGACGAAGGAGAAAGGGGCGCAGGACGCCACGGCUGUCUGCCAGGAGGAGCAGCUGGUCAAACAGGCGGAGCACAGACUGCAGUUUAAGGAGCGCCAGCUGGCCAGCGUGGCCGAUGGUCUUCUCCCCGCGCUGGCCGAGGAGAAGCAGAGGGCCGCCGAGAUGCUGGAGCGCAGCGGCGGCGGCAACAACGGGAACUGCGACAGCCCGCCGGGGCUCGACAACACGCUGUUCCAGGUGGAGAAGGAGCUGGAGGACAAAGAGGAGAAACUGAACCUCCACUUGCUCGGCGCCCAGCAGCUCCAGCAGCUACAGGAGACCUACGAGUUCACGGCCAACGUGGCGCGGCAGGAGGAGAAGGUGAGGAGGAAGGAGAAGGAGAUCCUGGAGUCUAAGGAGAAGCAGCAGAGGGAGGGGAUGGAGCAGGCGGUGGCCCGGCUGGAGAGGAGGCACUCGGCCCUGAGGCGCAGCGUCUCCCUGGAGCCCGACAGCGAGGAGCAGAGACACAAAAGCUCGACCAUCAAGAACCUGAGGAUGGGGGCCGACCUGGACCAGCAGAGAGUUGAGCGGGAGAUCCAGAAGCUGAGACAGCGGAUCAGCGAAGGAGAAGAGAACCACAGGAGUCACUCCGUCAGUAACGAUGAGAAGACGAGUCACAGCAGCUCUCCGGUCAGCCACAUCCAGAGUCUGAACACUCUGCUGCCGCUGUCAGAUGACAGGAUAAAUGCGUACAUUGAAGAGGAAGUCCAACGAAGGUUACGCAAGAUGAAUCUUCUCAAUGGAAGCAGCAGCAACAUGGAUCUGUCUCUGUCCUCUGAAUCACUCAGGGAGGAGGAAGAAGCUUUUGACUGUAGCUCUGUUAGAUUAACAGAUGAGGAUGAUGAAAAGCUUCAAACCAUUAAUCCAAGGAGGCUUAAAUAUGAGCACCUGGUCGGCCGUCCUCUCGGGUCGAGCAGCGACGGCCUUCAGGAGCCCGUUAAGAUUAGCAUUCCUCGUUACGUUCUCCGCGGGCAGGGGAAGGACGAGCACUUUGAGUUCGAGGUGAAGAUCACUGUGAUGGAUGAGAUGUGGACCGUGUUCAGACGCUACAGUCGCUUCCGGGAAAUGCACAAGAGCCUCAAACUAAAAUACCCAGAGCUGGCAGCUCUUGAGUUCCCUCCCAAGAAACUGUUUGGAAACCGAGAUGAGCGGAUGAUCGCCGAACGCCGGAACCACUUGGAGCGUUAUCUGAGGAACUUGUUCCGAGUGAUGCUGUCGUCCUCCAGCUCUCCUCUCCGAGCCGACGAAGACGGCAGCGGUUUCCAUCUCACCAAACACGCCAUCUGUGAGUUCUCGCCGUUCUUCAAGAAGGGCGUCUUCGAGUACAGCAGCCACGGCACCGGCUGACCUGACGGCGAAAAAAUGAACUCCUCCAAAACCAAAAAGGAGAAGAAAAAAAAAGCUGCUCGGUGCCUUUUCUCCGGGGCUUCAGCUCGGGGAAAAAUUGCCUCAGAAGGUCAAAGAAGGAAAAAAACUUGCAGGUCAGUUUCCUCGCCAGCCUCCCGUCAUAGAAACUUUAUCACUAAUGUUAAAGUAGGAAAUUCAGCACUCUGUUUUAAAGAGUUUAAUUUCUACGUUUAUAGCAAUAAACAGCUAUAUUAAAUAUAUUUACAUGCAGCUAUGAUAUUUAUGGCAUCUCCCUCAUGUAGUGACCGCUCUAAAAGUAGAACAAAGACAUUAACACUGCCGGGUUCGGGGGUUCAAUUCCCUGCCGCUGAAACAAUUAGGUCACCGAUUAAAUGGUCCAUCAGCAAAAAAAAAAAAAUUAUCAAAGAAAAAUGACAAAACAUUAACUUGUUUUAGCUCCUUAAAUGUAAAAUUUGCUGUUUUUUUUUUUUUUUGCUGUUUAAUGCCAAUAUAUGCAGAAUAGCUUGGGACUGUUAGACAAAAUAAUGCAUUUGCAGAUGUUGGCAAUGAUGAUUAAUUGUUAAUCACACAAUGGACCCAGUAUUUACAUUUCUUGUCAGUGAGCAGAGCGAGGCAUUAACACAGGCAGGAGAACGGGUGUGAAUCCCAGAAUGACUGAACACUAAAGAGCACUUUGUGGUUCUGAUGCGCAUAUUAAUAAACAUUAAACCCAAACUGUUAACAGUCUCUGCAAACAACACUAAAUUCUUUGUGUUUGUGAGCAGCUGGAGAUCUGAGCAAAACUCAUGCUUGAAUUUGACCGUCUUAACAGGAGAGUGAAUAUCACCACGACGAAGCUUAAGUCCAAAAAAAAAUAAUCUAAUUUAUCUUGUCAGACUGUUGUUGUGCCCCUCACUGUGACUCCAGCACUGUUUGUAGUUAAACAAGAGCAGAACAAAAGCCCCUAAAACUAUUUAACUCUGUGCAUGUAAAGCUAAAACACACAAACUAGUAGAAACUAGUCACAUGACCGUGUGUUCAGCAUCAGGUGAGACUGAGUUCUUCUCAUCUGCUGAAUCACAACAGCUAAAGGACGGGCUCACAACGUUUCAGAGUCAGGUGAACUUAUGAACAUGAAAAUCAUUCCUCCUGUUUAUACUGGACAUUAAGACAUCCCCACUUUAUGUGUUUCACUGUUAGUGAUGGAGGACUAAGUCCAGUCGCCAUUCUGUACAAAGAUGGACAAAUUAAAGGAACAGUGUGUAGCAUUUAGCAGGAAUCUGGAAUAUAAUGGAAUAUAAUAUUUAAAAAGCAUGUUUUCUAUCACCUGAAAAUAAGAAUCGUUGUCUUUUCAUGACCUUACAUUGAGCCGUUUUAUAUCUACAAACGUAGCCGGCUGCCAUGUUUCUACAGAAGCCCGUAAAGGACAAACUAAACACUGAAUCCAGACAGGCAUGUUUGCAUUUUAGCGUCGGCCGCCUUAGUUCUCCUACACAUUUCGCACCCUUGAAAUGUUUCAGCUGGUUAAAACCUUCAUCCUCACCACUAAAUGCUGCCAAAUCCUACACACUGGCCCUUUAAGUACUUUGAAGUCCCUCUGCUUGUUAAUAUCUGUCCACGGCAGCUACACAAGGACACGCAGAGAGGGACGACUUUAACUUUCAAAGACACUCUUUGGGUUUGUCUUGUUUUUUUCCUUCAUAGCUUACAAUCAGGAAGGAAUCUCUUAAGAUUAACAGCAAGAAACCCUGAUUUAAAUGUUCAUAAGAGCACCCGACUGUUUGCUUUUAGACCGAGCUGAUUGUCAUCCUGUCCUCUAAGUUAACCAUCAGUGCCCCAUGUUGACUUCAAGCUGCUAGAUGAUAUUUAGACACUGCAAACGACUCUAAACAAGAGUGUCCACAAAAAUAAAAGUAGUUGUAGCUCCACUGCAUUUUAUCGACAUGUUUAUAAUAACGUGUCCACCUUUUUAUCUACUGUACAAACGGAGGAGCAGCUGUGAUCAAAAUGCAAUCCACUACAGCCUCAAGAAGGUUGUGUUUAAAGAACUGUUGUAAAAUACAGCAUCAUGAUUUCCAGGAGUUUUUUUCUGGUCAUUCAGUAUAUUUGAAAAUCAUGUGCAUCAUUCUGAUUAUUCUUUUAUAGAACAACCAUAAUUGGAAGCUCUGUUACUACAAUGUUUUAAUGUAAAACUACACCCGACGUAGGAGUCAAAUUAAACGCAGAACAGUUUGGUCGCUGAUGGAAAUUGUCCUCAAAAUGUAAGAGUGAACAAAUGUCUCCAAACCAGCAUUAAGUGAAUACAACAAAGACACACUGAGAAGUUUAAUGAAACGUUUGAACACGUAACGCUGCCAAAGUUCAAGAGUGCCCCCAAAAACCUGCAACAGCCAGGAAGAGCUGCCAUGACAACCAACAUUUAACAAGGUUUUAUAAGCUUAUGAACAUAUUUGUGCCAUCUGAAAGGUUUUCUCUGAAGAAAUGUAUGUAAUAUCAGAUCAAAAAAGUUCAACUUGUCAUAAUUCACAAAUGUGGUGAAAUGUCAAAGAUUUCUCUUAUUCUAGAAUUCCCAAAUUUGCCAUUUGUCUUAUUUUUGGGGAUAAAAGAGGAUGCAUUUAUGAAGCUACAGAGUUUGAAAUAGCAGGAAAAUAUUGUCCCGUUAUAGCCUUCAUCUAUGCACUAAUAAUACAUUUUAUUCAUUUAUCGCAGGAAUUUGAACAACUUUCACUUUUGAACAACAGCAUGGUCAUUAAAAUUAAAUUAGGUGGAUUUUUUUUUUUUUAAGGACAGGAAUGGUGGAGUUGUUGGACAGUCCAAAGAAGAAGAAGCUGAUGGUGUAUAGUUUAACUCACGGCCACUUUUCUUUCUGUAUCAGCACGAAUUCAAAACACAUCUAUGACGAUCCAGUUCUAUAAUAUGUUUCUCCACUUAGUACAGGUACAAAGACACAAAUGCUUCAUUCAGAGGGAAUAUUUCCUCCCAUCGGCAGCUCAGAGCUGAUUUUUAUUUUAUUUCCCGAUAAAAAUAAUGAAGCGAUUUAAUGCUGAAGUCUUCCUGAGCCUCACUGUUGUGCUAGCAGCUGUAUGAGCAGGAAGCAGGAUUUGCAUAAAACACUAGUGGAGUUUAAUUUAUCCUGAACAUGAACAGCCGACCACUGACUGCUUUUUUUUUCUUUUUUUCCAUAAGCCAUAAUGUUUGUGUGUAUAUAAAGUGUAAAUGUUGAUGUGCAUAGUUUUUCUAUACGAUAUGCUUGUAUGCAAUGUAAACUAUUGACAUUGAAUGUCAGUAAAGGGAAUG